AUGAUGUCCAAUUACAUGGAACUCCUUGAUCAGCUUCAAGAGAGUGACAUUGAUCUACCUGAGGAUGAAGAUGAUUUGUUCAGGCCCUCCCAGCACAAGGCCGAUGAAAAGGAAGAGGAAGACCAGAAAGAAGACCAAGAUAUGGACAAUGAUACCAUCACCUCGCGAAACCGAGACACGGACCAAAGCCGCAACAUCCACCUCAAAAAUAGAUGACGGG